AUGUACUUUGAUUAUUAUCCUCAUGCCGAGUCUAAGAAGGUGCAAAUUGCUACUCUUGAAUUUACGAAGAAUGCUUUGAAUUGGUGCAAUCAAUUGGUUCAAUCAAGGAGAAGAAAUUUAGAGAGGCCUAUUGAUACUUGGUUGGCGUUGAAAAGUUUAAUGAGAAAGAGAUUCGUUCCAAGUUAUUAUACCAAUUCUCUUUAUCAAAGUUUGCAAUCUUUGAGGCAAGGAAUAAGGAGUGUUGAUGAGUACUACUCCGAGAUGAUGUUGUUGAUGUCUAGGCCCGAGGUUGAUGAAGCUCCACAAGCCACUAUGGCUAGGUUUUUGGUGGGGUUGAAUAGAGAAAUUCAUGAUAUUGUGGAGAUGCAACAACACUAUGAUGUUGAGGAGUUGCUUCAACAUGCAUUGAAGGUUGAGAGUCAAGUGAAAAGGAAUGGUGCAAAAAAAAGCUUUGCAUCAUCAUCUAGCUCAUGGAAAACUCCAAUCAAGAAAGAUGAGAAAUCAUCCAACAAGGAGAAGGAGUUGGCGCAAAAGGGAACAAGCCCUAAAUCCGAUUCUAAAUCUUCAUCAAGAGAAACCGAAAGUGAAGAUGAAGAAUUUACCCUAGGUUCUAGUGGUGAUGGAGGUGAUGAGAGGGGAUUUGCGCAGGAUGAUGAUGAUGAUACACCGGCACUCUUGAACUUAGUUGCAAGAAGAACUUUAAAUGCCUAUGUUAAAGGAGAUGUGAACAAUCAAAGGGAGAAUUUGUUUCAUACUAGGAUCUAUGCGAAUGGGAAACCUAGUAGUGUGAUCAUUGAUGGAGGGAGUUGUACAAACAUAGCUAGUGUGUACUUAGUGAAGGAGUUAGCGUUACCUACCACUAAACACCCUAAACCCUAUAGUUUAGGAUGGUUCAAUGAUAGAGAGGAGAUUAAGGUUAACAAACAAGUUUUAGUUUCUCUUUCUUUGGGCAGGUACAAUGAUGAGGUGCUAUGUGAUGUUCUUCCAAUGCAAGCAUGCCAUGUCUUAUUUGGUCGACCAUGGCAAUAUGAUAACAAGGUCCAUCAUGAUGGUGAGACAAAUAAGUAUUCCUUCAUGUGUGGUAAGCGUCCUAUUACUUUGAUUCCUUUAUCACCUCAAGAAGCUUUAAAAGAUCAAAUUAAAGUCAGAGAUGAGUUUGCUAAGAUGGAAUCCGAUUAUAGGGCUAAAGAAAAGGCUAAACAUGCUAAUUUGAAUGUGAAUUGCGUUGAAGGCAAAUCUGAUUUGGUUGAUAAGCAUGCUAGUUCUAAGAAAGUUGUUAAGGAGUAUUCUAGCGGUUUACCACCAAUUAGUGGGAUUGAACAUCAAAUUGACUUCAUCCCUGGAGUGCAAAUACCUAAUAAGCUAGCUUAUAGGACAAAUCCUGAAGAAACAAAGGAGUUGGAGAAGCAAGUUGGUGAGCUACUACAAAAGGGUUUUGUGCGUGAAAGCCUUUCUCCAUGUGCAGUUCCUGUUUUGCUUGUUCCUAAGAAGGAUGGAACUUGGAGAAUGUGUGUUGAUUGUAGGGCAAUAAACAACAUAACGGUAAAGUAUCGUCACCCUAUUCCUAGAUUAGAUAAUAUGCUUGAUGAAUUGCAUGUUAUGCCUUUUGGAUUGACUAAUGCACCUAGUACAUUCAUGAGGUUAAUGAAUCAUGUUUUGAGAGCUUAUAUUGGCAAGUUUGGUGUUGUUUAUUUUGAUGAUAUACUUGUGUAUAGCCGAAACCUAGAUGAGCAUGUUAAUCAUCUAAGAUGUGUGUUAAAUGUACUUAGGGUUGAGAAGUUGUAUGCUAACCUUAAGAAGUGCACCUUUUGCACAAACAAGCUUGUUUUUCUUGGUUUUGUGGUGUCAUCGCAAGGUAUAGAAGUUGAUGAGGAGAAGAUCAAAGCAAUCAAAGAUUGGCCAACUCCCACCAACGUUGGUCAAUUGUAUGCUCUUGUGAGGGCGUUGCAAACUUGGCAACACUACCUAUGGCCUAAGGAAUUUGUGAUUCAUACGGAUCAUGAGAGCUUGAAGUAUUUAAGAGGCCAACAAAAGUUGAACAAGAGACAUGCUAAGUGGAGUGAGUUCAUAGAGAGCUUUCCUUAUGUUGUGCGAUACAAACAAGGUAAGGAGAAUGUUGUAGCCGAUGCUUUGUCAAGGUGGUAUGUAUUACUUUCCAUGCUUGAUUCUAAGUUUCUUGGAUUUGAGUAUAUUAAGGAAUUGUAUGCUAGUGAUGUUUACUUUGGUGAAAUCUUUAAAGCAUGUGAAAAUUUUGGAUUUGGAAAGUAUUAUAAGCAUGAUGGAUUUUUGUUUAAGGAGUCUAUAUUGUGUGUACCUUCUUGCUCUUUGCGUUAUGUUCUUGUGAGGGAAUCGCAUGAAGGGGGUUUAAUGGGUCACUUUGGAGUUGAUAGAACUUAUAAGAUAUUGCAUGAACACUUCUUUUGGCCUAAGAUGCGAUAUGAUGUAGGAAAGCAUGUUUCUAGUUGCCUUGUUUGUUUGCAAGCUAAAUCUACAUCUAAGCCUCAUGGAUUGUAUACUCCUUUGCCUAUUCCUCAUGAACCAUGGACUCAUAUUAGUAUGGAUUUUGUGUUAGGUUUACCUCGUUCUAGGAGAGGUAAAGAUUCUAUCUUUGUGGUUGUUGAUAGGUUUUCUAAGAUGGCACACUUCAUUGCAUGCACUAAAACGGAUGAUGCCAUUAAUGUAGCUAAUUUGUUCUUUAAGGAGAUUGUUAGACUUCAUGGAAUGCCUAGGACGAUUGCAAGUGAUAGAGAUGCUAAGUUCUUAAGUCACUUUUGGAGAACUUUAUGGGCUAAGUUGGGUACUAAGUUGUUAAAUUCCACUACUUGUCAUCCUCAAACCGAUGGCCAAACUGAAGUAGUUAAUAGGACUUUGUCAAACUUACUUAGAGCUUUAAUUAAGAAGAACUUAAGAACUUGGGAGGAUUAUCUACCUCAUGUUGAAUUUGCAUACAAUAGAAGCAUACAUAUCGACUUGGAUGGUGCAAGGAAGGCCGAUUUUGUUAGGGAGCUUCAUGGUAGGGUUAGAGCUCAAAUUGAGAAGAAAACACAACACUACAUGAAGGUUGCUAACAAAGGGCGCAAGGAAGUCAUCUUUGAACAUGGUGAUUGGGUUUGGUUGCAUCUAAGGAAGGAGAGGUUCCCUGAAAAGAGAAAGUCUAAGCUCUUACCUCGUGGAGAUGGUCCAUUCCAAGUUUUGGAGAGGAUGAACAACAAUGCCUACAAGCUAGAUCUUUCAAGCGAAUAUGGCAAUGUAAGUGCUACUUUUACUGUUUCAGACUUAUCCUUGUUUGAUAGUGAUGCAGAUUUGAGGACAAAUCCUUUUCAAGGGAGAGGGGAUGAUGCGCCAAGGGCUUAUCAUGGUCUUGAAGAGCACAAUGGAGCUAAUGGAGAUCAUGCUAUGGAUAAACAUGAAAAUGUCUCGGAUAUUCAAGAAGCUGCUACGGUUGAUCCCGGAUUGAAAGGAAGCUUGGAGGAGCAUGGAGAUGAAGGGAUCACACAUGACCGGCCAUUGCAUGGAGCAAUCGCAUAUGACUGGGCACAACCCGGGCACAAUCGGCCAUUUGAUCCUUUAGCCAUUCCACAAGGUCUUAUGACAAGGGCUCGGGCUAAAAGGUUCAAGGAAGCUUUAUUGGGCUUGGUACGAACUCAUCUUGGAGGUUUGAAGUCCAUUGAAGAUCAAUUGGAGAGCAUCGAAGACAUCAUGCCAUGGAAUACUCCCAACGAUUCCAAGCCAUGCACUUUGCUUGAAAUCGUUGAGCAUUAG